GGUGGUAUCAAUGCAGGUACAUGGAUAGGACAGCUCCAGAGCCUGACGCCCCUUGCAGAAGUGAAGUCAACCUCGGCUUGUGUGUGUGUCCGAGUGCAGCUGAACCAUGGCGGGAGGGAGAUGUGACCCAGCCGCUACAAUUACUCUUGCAUUGAUGCUCGCUACAGGAUCCGCCUUCAAUUUGGAGUUAAACCCGUCUAGAAAGGUGUGGGCUCGUAUCGGGGACUCGCUGGAGUUGAACUGUGUGGCGAAGAGCUGCUCCUCUCCGACCUUCACGUGGAGAAUCGGCACCGAUAACCCCCUGGGCGGAACAAUCACAACUCGGGGCUCGGUGUCCACAUUCACCAUCUCCGCGGUUACCCCGCAGAACCAACACAAGUACACUUGUUCCGCAAAAUGCGGCGCAGAAGAAAAACGAAAAUAUGCCGACCUCAAUAUAUUCUCUCUGUCCGACACACUCAUCGUGGAGACUGUGGGCAGUCUGGAAGUUGGCCAGAGAGGCUCUGUGAGAUGUACGGUCCCCAAAGUCUACCCUGCUCAAGUGGAGGUGGAGUGGCUGAAAGGAACAACGUUGCUGAAGACCGACAGCUUCCGUGCCUACACGGAGGUAGAAACGGCGAUGAACUUCACCUACGAACUGACGGCCGAAUUGCGAGACUCAGGACAAGAGCUGACAUGCCGAGUGGAAUUACUCACGGAGAACCAACCACGCAAGGCCGAGGGGACGCUAACGUUACAGGUUCACUAUGCUCCCACAUGGAUUGACAUUACUGCAGAGCCCUCUGCCACAGUGAGAGAGGGUCAGGAUGUUCGGCUAACCUGUGCUGCAGACAGCAGCCCCGCUGCCACGAUUGUGUGGAGCAAGUUAUCCUCCGGCAACUGGUCAGUCGUGGCCGAGGAUCGAGCGAUUCUGCACCUGUCACCGGCCCUGUUCGGGGACACGGGAAUGUACCGCUGUGAAGCCGGCAAUAAACUGGGGACAAGCACCAAGGAGGUGGAAUUCCACGUUCAAGGAUCCGCCUUCAAUUUGGAAUUAAACCCGUCUAGAAACGUGUGGGCUCGUAUCGGGGACUCGCUGGAGUUGAACUGUGUGGCGAAGAGCUGCUCGUCUCCGACCUUCACGUGGAGAAUCGGCACCGAUAACCCCCUGGGCGGAACAAUCACAACUCGGGGCUCGGUGUCCACAUUCACCAUCUCCGCGGUUACCCCGCAGAACCAACACAAGUACACUUGUUCCGCAAAAUGCGGCGCAGAAGAAAAACGAAAAUAUGCCAACAUCAAUAUAUUCUCUCUGUCCGACACACUCAUCGUGGAGACUGUGGGCAGCCUAGAAGUUGGCCAGAGAGGCUCUGUGAGAUGUACGGUCCCCAAAGUCUACCCUGCUCUAGUGGAGGUGGAGUGGCUGAAAGGAACAACGUUGCUGAAGACCGACAGCUUCCGUGCCUACACGGAGGUAGAAACGGCGAUGAACUUCACCUACGAACUGACGGCCGAAUUGCGAGACUCAGGACAAGAGCUGACAUGCCGAGUGCAAUUACUCACGGAGAACCAACCACGCAAGGCCGAGGGGACGCUAACGUUACAGGUUCACUAUGCUCCCACAUGGAUUGACAUUACUGCAGAGCCCUCUGCCACAGUGAGAGAGGGUCAGGAUGUUCGGCUAACCUGUGCUGCAGCCAGCAGCCCCGCUGCCACGAUUGUGUGGAGCAAGUUAUCCUCUGGCAACUGGUCAGUCGUGGCCGAGGACCGAGCGAUUCUGCACCUGUCACCGGCCCUUUUCGGGGACACGGGAAUGUACCGCUGUGAAGCCGGCAAUAAACUGGGGACAAGCACCAAGGAGGUGGAAUUCUACAUUCAAGGUAGCCCCAGGGACACCACUCUCUCCAUCACCCCCUCCGAUGUGAAGGAAGGAGACGGGGUCACAUUCAGCUGCACAACCCAGCAGACCAACAGCACCAAACUCCAGGUUCAAUGUUCAAUAUCGGAUGCAGAGAAAGACCAGGAGCCAGUGAACGGAUCCGCCUUCAAUUUGGAGUUAAACCCGUCUAGAAAGGUGUGGGUUCGUAUCGGGGACUCGCUGGAGUUGAACUGUGUGGCGAAGAGCUGCUCGUCUCCGACCUUCACGUGGAGAAUCGGCACCGAUAACCCCCUGGGCGGAACAAUCACAACUCGGGGCUCGGUGUCCACAUUCACCAUCUCCGCGGUUACCCCGCAGAACCAACACAAACAGCAGCCCCGCUGCCACAUUGUGUGGAGCAAGUUAUCCUCCGGCAACUGGUCAGUCGUGGCCGAGGAUCGAGCGAUUCUGCACCUGUCACCGGCCCUGUUCGGGGACACGGGAAUGUACCGCUGUGAAGCCGGCAAUAAACUGGGGACAAGCACCAAGGAGGUGGAAUUCCACGUUCAAGACGGGGUUAUAAAGCGGGGCGGCGGAGCCCAGGCUCACAGCUCCAGAGCCUGA